AUGGGUAGUGCUAUAUCAAAGUUAACACCUAAAGUUAUCUAUUUAUUAAUUAAUGGAAAUAUUGAAAGAAUUUUAAUUACAUUAUCAUGUACAAGUUUUGAAAUACAUGAUUUAAUUUGUAUCCUAUCAAAUGUUCCAAAAUCAUCUAAUAUCAUUAUAACUGAUGUGAAUGGAUUACAUGUACCAUGUUCUGGUUCAAUGUUAGCUAAUACAUAUAAUACACCAUAUACUGUGACGAUUACACAAAGUUCAGAACCAAGUGAAAUAAGCCUCAUUGUUCGAAUGUUUGAAUCAAUCACAAAACAAAUGAAUGAGUAA